AUGACCCAGAUUCUGCGCGAUGCCACCGGCAUGAUUGGCAGCAUCUCCUUUGCUUGGAUUCAGGGAUCAGACCUGGACAACAACGCCAAGCAGUGGCGCUUGGUGGCCGACGUGCUCAACGACACAGCCAUGCUCCUCGAGCUGAUAUCACCCCUGCUCCCCGCGUACUUUCUCUUCCUGGUUUGCGUGGCUAGUCUAGCACGCGCCAUCGUCGGCGUAGCAGGCGGUGCCACGCGAGCCGCCUUGAUUCAACACCAGGCCCGUAACAACAACAUGGGAGAUGUCGCCGCGAAAGACGGCUCACAGGAAACAUUGGUCAACCUCGUGGCUCUUCUCGUGAAUCUUAUUCUCGUUCCUCUUGUCAGCCAAAAUGCGCAAGUUGUCUGGUCCCUCUUUGGCCUGAGCACGUGUUGCCAUAUUUUCUUCAACUAUAAGGCCGUGCGCAGCCUAUGCAUGACGCGCCUGAAUGGGCGGCGAGCCCACCUAAUCGUGGAGCACUAUACUCGUCACCAGCAGAUUUUAUCUCCAAAGAUUGCAAAUCAGCGCGAGCCCUUAUUCUUUGAUCCAGUGGCCCAGCGCAUUCAGCUUGGCGCCUCCCUGUUGCAACUAUACGCUGUCAUUCUGGCCGAAGAGGCAACGCCGGCUGAUAUGCAGCGGGCCUAUUUCUCAGCGCUGUUCUCGCACUACGAAAUGCAAGACACUACACCGGGCUUGGUACGCAGCGAACCCACGACCGCCGUGGAUGCCGUCUUGUCGCAGCUGGCAAGCCAAGGCUGGAGUCCCACCGUGGCCCAGUAUUAUGAUCAUGGCUAUCGUGUUCAACUUGAGGAUACCCGGAAGAAGUUCAAUUAG